AUAGAACCGCGGCGUCGAUAGCGGCUACCAAAUGUCUCCACUCCAACAUAACUUGAAAACACGCGAUUUGUGUAAUUACAAAUUUGUUUGUUGAGUGUGGUUUGCUUGUACUGCCAAUGGUGAUGCAUGGGUGACAUGUAAUGAGAUGAAAUGUGCAGUGCUUGUAUUUCGCUGCAGUGGAGUACGCCUAUCGAAUUUCGAUAUUCGAUGUUCGAUAGACCCAUCGAGCCGAACCGGCUGCCUAAUUUGUUUACCUAUUAAACUUAAACUUGAAUAUGGAAAUAACGCUAGCGCUGAUAAAGCCGCACGUGCUGCGCAAUACCUAUGCGAUGCAGCAGAUCCGAGCCCUGAUCUCCCAGCACUUCACCAUUCUCGACCAGAAGGAGGUUUGCAUUACGAAAGAACUAUCUGAGCGAUUCUACGCGGAGCACAAGGGGAAAUUCUUCUACCACCGGCUAACCAGUUUCAUGAACAGCGGACCCUGCUACGCGCUGAUUCUCCAGUCGGAAGCCUGCAUCCAGAAGUGGCGUGGUCUGCUGGGUCCCACCAAGGUGUUCCGUGCGGUCUACAGCGAUCCCGACUGCAUCCGAGCCUUGUACGGGCUGUCCGACACCCGUAAUGCCUGCCAUGGAUCCGACAGCGAGGCAUCCGCGCUCCGCGAGAUCAGCAUCCUGUUUCCGGAGUUCGACGCGGCUGCUGGAAGCCGCCAGGCGAAGAGGGAGACGUAGUCCUGGAUUACUGCAUCCUUAGAUUAGUUAGAAUGGGUACUACCGAGGCGGUUGAUGUUUCUUAUAUUUAUUGCUUUGCAUUUCUAGAUUAGCACGUAGACUAGCACUUAUGUUGCAUGCGCCGUUUUAAAAGCAAUUCAAAUUAUAUAAUAGUUUCUGUGACUAGCGUACUAGUAUAUUUAUAUAUUUGCUUGUAGCAACAGGGCAACAAAUAAAAAAGUAUUUUAAAACUACA